AAAUGGAUCAUCGCACGUAAUUGUGAUCGGGGGUGGCGUUACGUGUUCGUAUCUGAAGCCAGCACGCGAGCCACGACGGUCACCAUAGCAACUGCCUAUGCUGGAGGACUUGAGGCGGCGGGCAACAGCACCAUUACGGCAGCCUAUUUGUACCCCAACUUCUCGGGGACUGAGGGGGUGGGGAACGAGACGACGGGGACUGAAAUUCCUGUCAUCCCCGCGUACAUCAGAAUCACGUCCAUGAUCUUCUGCUUCGUGAUCCUGGGAAUUGGCGUGGCCGGUAACAUCAUGGUCCCCAUCGUGAUCCUCAAGACGAAGGACAUGCGGAAUUCGACCAACAUCUUCCUGAUGAAUCUGAGCGUGGCCGAUCUCAUGGUGCUGCUGGUGUGUACCCCCACAGUUCUGGUGGAGGUGAACACCAAACCCGAGACAUGGGUGCUCGGCGAGGAGAUGUGUAAGAUCGUACCAUUCGUGGAGCUGACUGUUGCGCAUGCGUCCGUACUCACGAUCUUGGCGAUCAGCUUCGAGCGCUACUACGCGAUCUGCGAGCCCCUGAAGGCGAGCUACGUCUGCACUAAGGCGCGUGCCCUGAUCAUAUGCCUGCUUGCAUGGCUCUUCGCUGCCCUCUUCACCAGUCCCAUCUUGCUGAUUGCCCAGUACGACCCCUUCCGCGAGUACCUGGAUGGCUCGCUCGUUCCGGCCUGUCUCACGGAAGUCAACACGUUCUGGUCCACCUUCUUCUUUAUCAUGAUCAUCUCAUUGUUCUUUCUCGUGCCACUUCUGGUACUCAUCGUACUGUACGCCGCCAUGGCACGCCACCUAAUGGCAGAUCCCGUCACAUCGGCUGUCAAGGAUUUGGAAAGUACCAACACGCGUGCCAGAAAGCAGGUGGUCCUCAUGUUGGGCACCGUCGUUCUCUCGUUCUUUAUCUGUCUCAUUCCCUUCAGGGUAUUUACCGUCUGGUUCAUAUUUGUGUCCGCGGAGCAAGUUCAUAGCCUCGGCGUAGAGGGUUACUACAACAUCCUGUACUUUUGUCGAACCAUGCUGUAUCUCAACUCUGCCGUCAACCCAAUCCUCUACAAUUUGAUGUCCUCGAAGUUUCGAAACGGAUUCAUGCGUGUGUGCGGGCUGAGACGGAGAGAUGCGGUUCUUCUGAGGAGAGGGACGACUUCGACAUCCGCGUAUUCGAGCACCAGGAGAUGUAACAGUUUCGGGAUGACCCAUAGGAGCAGUACUGAGUUUUCGUGGCGUAGCGCGUCGAGGUAUUCCGUUGAUUCAACCCAAUCCAGCUCUCCCAGGUCGGAGCGUCGCCUGAGGUCUACCUCUUUCAGGAGGAGCGUCAUGAUAAGGACGUCGAUACUCAAGAGGAAUGGUUCCUGCAUUCAAGACGAUGUUAUGAACUGUAUUGAAAUGAGACCCUGUCCGGAAAGCUUCAUUCUUGGUCAUCUGCGUCGAUAUUACCCGAUCCUGGGAGUGGCCGAUUACCACCACGAGCUGGACCUCGACGGUAGUACAGUGGCAGUGUGCUUCACGCAGGCCGACACCUUCUGGACCGCGUUUUUCUUCAUCCUGAGCAUCGUCAUCUUCUUCGUAGUUCCGUUCGUCAUACUGCUGGUGCUGUAUACCAUCAUCGCGCGCCACCUCAUGACUCACACAGGCAUCAUAGCUCCACCCUGCAGGUACGGCAGCUAUACUUCCGGGACCCAGCAUACCGCACUCCGGUACCGGAAGCAAGUGGUUGUGAUGCUGGGUACAGUUGUUCUGUCCUUCUUCCUUUGUCUCAUGCCUUUCCGGGCAUUCACACUCUGGAUCAUCGUGGCUCCAGAAGAGGCAGUCUUCUCGCUAGACAUCGAGGAGUACUACAACCUGCUCUAUUUCUGUCGUGUCAUGACCUAUAUCAACUCCGCCAUCAAUCCCAUCCUGUACAACGUAAUGUCCUCCAAGUUCAGAGACGGUUUCACUCGUCUUUGUGGUCUCACAAGCAGAAAUCGUGCAGAAGUCUACCUCGGCCGAAAGGGAACUUUGAACACCGUCUCAACGACUACGACCACUAACUGUUCCAGCGGAUUACAGGACUCAAUCUGGCGCAGAUCGGUCAAAAUGACGCUCCCAGAAAGCAGGACAUUCAAGAGGACACAGUCUACUCACUGCGGAGACGUCAAAGGGAUUAACAACGCCACGUGCAUUCUGUUGAGAAGCAAAUCCCAUCUGGUGUGCAGUACCAGAAAUAACGUGGUGAGAACCGGCGAUGAAGAUGGACGAAGAGGACAUGAAGAAAGCUACGUCUGAGCAGGUUCUACACUGAGCUCAACAAAACCGCGGCAGAGAUGCUGCGUUACUAUGGCGACUCGACUUGUUAUUCAUCGUGAAAGACAACGACUUCAAUACCGCCUCUCAUUUCAGAAUGUUUCCAUUGAAACAAAGCGGACAAAGAGAAUACGGAGGGGGAUAUGAGACAGAAAGAACAAUAGAAGAUAAGGAAGAAUAAUGAGGAUAAGUGGAUAAGAAUGUUGACGGAAUAGCAUAUCCGAUUUCUCGCACCAUCGCCCCACUAAACGUACUUUCUCCUGAUGACCUUGCACACCUUUACUAUUAUGGUUCUUUCGCUGUUUAAUGACGCUGUAUCAACUUCGUUCAUUGUCAUAUUGUAGCAUAUAGAUAUUGUGUUUCGUGUUUCAGGUUACAGCCACAGCGCUGAAACCAGCCUCCCCACUAAUGCUUCUCAAGGUUUUACUCAGUCCCUCAAGAUAGGUUAAGCCCCUACCAGAGUACGAUUCGUGAUUGUACGUUCAUUUCUCGUUCGGUGUGAACGGUGUAUGACCAAUCUCCUUAUUCACAUUCAUAAUUUCACUGGAAUGACUGAGAAAUACCACAAAGCACAUAAACAGUUUCGAACCAGAUUCGAAGCCGGUACUCGAAGGUCAGUAAAGGUAAUAGUUAAAGUCGCCUCUGUUCUUAAUUGAGUACCACGCAAUUGAGCGUAGAAAUUGUUAUGUUAUGUUAUGCGUAAGUUUCGUAGUUUCUUGAUGUUGUUUAAAUCUAUCAUGCAAGAUUCUUUAGAGAUUAUUAUUACAGUGCCUGACCUAUCUGUAUCCUUCCUUAUUACGUAAAAUCCACGUUUCAGAACCAAAUGUUCAAGCCUGACAUUUUAUGUAGGCAUCAUUCUUUGUAUUGUUUCAUUUAUCAUAAUUGUUCCGGGCGCACACACAAAAUUCUAGUAAACGCUAUGAUGACUUUCAUUUAUUUAUAUGAAUUUUACCUUUGUCAUAGAAUGAAUCCGAUCAAUGGCUAAAAGAAAUUCAUAAUCCUUUCAUGUCCUCCGUUAGUUUCGGGCUGACAUCUUCAGAAAUCAUAUCAGCAAGUGUUCAGAUAAAUGAACCUCAAAUAAGGUUCUCUGUUAAACUUAUUCAGGCAUCUGGAAAAUUACAUUUUAGUCCAAUGUUAUAUUCAGUACAGUAGUUUUAAAAUUCAAAUGUACAAUAAGUUUAAUGUGAUGGGAUGUCACGUGUUAAAAUAUAUGGACCUCAAGUAAUCAAACUACGUGCAGGAACGGAAGGACUCAGACGUGUCCUUAGCAAUUUGAGGUGCCAUGAUUCAGUCCACAUGAAAAAAUUCUCGUGUAAUAAUUGUAUUAAUCAGUAUUAUUUACUUUUAGUUCUUAAAUUAAAUUAUGUUAAAAUUAUGUGAUAUGAUAAUUCUUAUUGAUAAUCAAAUUAAAAGGUCACAGAAGACUUCUUUCAUCAGACUACAUUGGCAUUUUGAAACUUUUUGUUCAUAGGCUACGGAUUCUGCAGGAAUGUAUAUUAAUUGUAGCAAGUCUGUGGAAAUAUGGAGUAAUUUGUUAUUUUUUAUCAACACUAUUCCACAGCGAACCUGACCACUUCCACCAUAUUCUACUGUGAAGUUAAAAACUCACAUUAUAGGCUAUAAUUACAUACUGUAUGUCAAAGCAUGUCUUACUUCGUUAUAUUGCAAAAUAUAAUUAAACUCUGUCCUAUGUAAGCCAACAGAAUAUAUAACCAAGUCAUAAAUGUAACAAAACUUCAAAUCAUUUAACAUUCGUUCUUUAAUAUAAUAAAGGAAAAGUGGAUAAGCA